GAGAGAAACGUUAGGCACGCGCUUGUGUGGGGUUUUAGGCUAGCGACCGUUAGCUAACGGCUGUGUGCAGUAAGGUUUGCUCAUUAAACUAAAUUCCUCCGGGAACAGCUAAACUUCUCACUGAGAACACAGAACAUCGCAAGAGAAAAGCAUCGUGACCGGACCGACUUUUAAAGCAGCAGAAAGUCCGGAAAGUUUCGACGCUGUUAACGUCAGCGCGGCUGCUCGUGGAUCUGCUGGGCGGAGGUGGAAACGCCUGGGCGGCUUGUUGGUGAGCUACCGUCACUUCAGGUGUUAAGAGGAUUGGACAGGUUCGCCAAAAAUAAAAAAAAAAAAAACGGUAAUAUUCAGUACCUGCACACCGGCACUGAGAAGGUGGCAAGUCAUGAGCAGCUGCCGUCCAGGAAACUGCCACAAUGUCUGCAAUCCCUGGACUUCCUGCAAGAGGAUCAGAUGUAACAGUGCUUGUAAUCAGAGUUCACUUGCAUCCCUUAUGUGAGCUGGUGGCGUUCUGGGGAAAGUUUAGUCAGCAGAGAUCAACAGAUUAUGAGAUUCUGGCUGAUGAAAUUCAGUCUCAUGGAGCUCUAUUUAAAGACCUGGAAGGAAAUCCUGGUGACCAGUGCUUAGUUCACAUUGAUACUACUUGGUACAGAGCACGCAUUGUGUCCAGAAAUGCUUCCAAAUAUAGUGUCUUCCUCAUUGACAGAGGGAUGACAUACACUGGCACCACAAGCAAGCUAGCAUGGGGUAAAAAAGAACAUUUUCUUUUGCCCCCUGAAGUGGAGUUAUGCAUACUAGCAAAUGUGUUACCACUUUCAUCUGAGAACAGAUGGUCUCCAGUGGCUCUUGAGUUUCUAAAAUCUUUUACUGGAAAGUUAGUCAACGCACAUGUGCAAGAUGUGCUGGUGCCAGACAGAAUGAUUAUCCUGAACAUCCCUUGCAUAUCCAAGCAAAUGUAUGAGAUGGGAUUUGCAAAAAAGUUGUCUCCAGCAACCUUCCAGGACUUUCUCCACAUGUCACUGAAAUCGAUCAAUGGAGCUGAAGAAUUGACAGAGGUGCAGCAGCUCUAUUUGGGAUCGGGUGAGCGACUCCAGAAACAGGAACUAUUCAUGUACCCAGAGUUGCCAGGAGGAACUGUGGAGACCGUCAUUGUAACAGAAGUGACAAAUCCUCAACAGAUUUUUUGUCAGUUGAAAGUUUUCUCUCACGAAUUAAAGAAACUAACUGAGAAGGUUACGCAGAGCUGUGAGAGCAAAGUGUCCAGCUGCAUGAUAAGCCCAGACAUGAUUGGGUAUCCAUGUGCAGCAAGAGGAAGGGACGGUAGGUGGUACCGCUCUGUCAUACAGCAGGUGUUCCCAACAAAUAAAGUGGUGGAAGUGUUAAAUGUAGAUUAUGGAACAAAGCAGUUUGUCCAGGUGGAAAAUGUGAAACGACUUGCCACAGAGUUUACCAGGAUGCCAGUUGUCACUUACGUUUGCUCCCUCCAUGGUAUCCUUGACAAAAAGGUAGGAUGGACAACAAGUGAAAUUGACUUCCUCAAGUCACUCCUGCUUCACAAGACUGUGAUAGCCAAGGUUGAAUACCGAAGCAUCUCUGACCAAGUUUACUAUGUUACACUAUAUGGUGAUGACAACAUUAACAUGAACAGCUUGUUUGGUUCCAAAGAAAACUGUUUCCCAAAGUAUGAGAAAACACUUGGAGAUUAUGCCCUGCCAAGUGGAGUUUAUACCCAGCAGCAUCCGGCUCAACCAGAAAGAAAGGCGCUACCUUCCCAACAGAGUGUGGAAGAGAUUCCUGCUGAAGACCUCGUCAUAAACUCCUCACAUUUGGCAGUUGUUCAUCACGUAUCCUCCCCAUCAGAGUUUUGGAUCCAAACUGAAAACUACAGAAAAGAUCUGGAGGAACUGUUGGACGCAAUGUACCAUCUGUACCAAGAUUCAGCGAAUACGCACAUGCUUAUAAAUCCGUCACUUGGCCUCUACUGUGCUGCACAGGCACAAGAUGGUGAAUUCUACAGAGCAACUGUGACAGAAGUUGGUGAGACACAAAUCAAGGUGUUCUUUGUUGAUUAUGGCAACACUGAAGUGGUUGAUGGGAGUAAGAUCAGGAUCCUCCCUGCUGAGUGCAGAAAGAUGCCCCAGCUGGGUCUGAAAUGUUCCCUGGCUGGUGUCAGACCAAAAGAUGGGAGAUGGAGUCAAAAUGCUUUGGAAUAUUUCAUCAAGACAGUCACAGAUACAGAACUCAUUGUGCGUGUGAAAGGAAGAUACAGUGACAGCUAUGUUGUCCAACUGAUAAAUCCUGAAGCACAGACAGAACAAGAUGUUAAUUCACAAAUGUGCACAAAUGGCUUCGCUGAAAGAACUGAGAUUCCAAGAGAACCCACAGUUAAAGGUGCAUUGAAGCCCUCCGUUGUAUCUUCAGCACCACUUACUGUUGCAGCACUGCCACAGGUCUGUAAAGACAUUGGAAUCUCUUUCAGACCUACAUUUGGUCUUCUAAACAAUGAGAGAAAAAUCGGUACCUUUAAGGAACAAAUGUUUCCUAUUGGAAGUGUCCUUGAUGUCAAUGUCUCCUGCAUUGAAAGUCCAAAUGAUUUCUGGUGUCAACUGGUUCAGAAUGCCGGAUCUUUGAGAUUGCUUAUGCAUGACAUCCAGGCCUAUUAUGCAAACAGUGAGUUUGAGCCUAAUGUAGAUGCUGCCUGUGUAGCUCGUCAUCCUGAGAAUGGAAUGUGGUACAGAGCUCUAGUCAUUCGCAAACAUGAAACCCCUCAAGUUGAUGUGUUGUUUGUGGACUAUGGGCAGACUAAGACAGUCUCCCUCUUUGACUUGAGAAAGAUAAGUCCAGAAUUUCUAACUCUCCACGGUCAAGCGUUUCGAUGUAGCCUGUUGAACCUCAUCCGUUCUACAUCGGCAAUUAAUGAAUGGAACUACAAAGCAAAGGAAAGGUUCCAAAACUUUGUUGAAAACGCUGCCUCCAACUUUAUCAUUUUGAAGUGCACCAUUUAUGCCGUCAUGCAUUCGGAACAAAUGGUUCUUCACAACAUUGUGGAUCUAGAGACUCCGUUCGAGAGCAUUUGCAACGCUUUGGCCAAUCUCAUCACAAACAUUCCUUCCAAGAAAGCCUCUGGGCCAUCUUUUCGUCUGGACACAUACUACUACUCAACGCACAAUAUCAAAACUGGCACAGAGGAGCAAGUCACUGUGGCGUUCGUAAACAGUGUCAGCGAUUUCUUCUGCCAUCUUGACAAGAAUGCUGACGUGAUGAAAGAUCUUACAAUGAGGGUGAACACUCUCUGCCAACAGCUUGAGAGGGUAAAGGUUCCAGCAGUCUUUGGAACCUUGUGCUUUGCAAGAUACACUGAUGGGCAGUGGUACAGGGCUCAGAUAAAGGCCACAAGACCAAAACUACUGGUUCACUUUGUGGAUUAUGGCGAGACUCUUCAGGUGGACAAGUCUGACCUGCUCCCUGUCCCCAAAGAGGCAAAUGACAUUAUGUCUGUGCCUGUGCAAGCAGUUGUGUGUGCUCUCUCUGAUGUUCCUACUGAUGUUCCUAGUGAGGUAAACGAAUGGUUUGAGAAAACUGCAACAGAAUGCCAAUUCCGUGCGUUGAUAGUGGCUAGAGAAGCUGAUGGCAAAUUACUGGUAGAGCUGUACCAUGGGAACACCCAGAUUAAUGCAAAGAUAAAGAAAACAUUUCAGAUUGAGAAGCAAGAAGAGCAAGUUGUCUGCCAGAGUUGGAAACCACAGGCUCCAGCAACUCAUGCACCAAAGAUGGAAAGGACUUUUUCAAACCGAGCCAUGGACAGUAAAGAUUACGAGCAAGCCUCUAAAAAGAGCAAUUUCUCUACCCCAAAACCUCCAUGUCAAACGAAGCUCGAUGGUAAAUUCACUGAUGAGAAUCUGAGGUCUGCAUUGAAAUCCACAACUCAGAAGCACAGACCAGUCCCACAAGAACUGUAUAAAACUCCGUCUCAAAGGCAGCUAAACAGAACAUUGACUAACGAUGGUUCUGAGGAAGCUAGUGGUCAGGUGAGACCCAGAAAAGUGAGUCUCCCCCCUAUAACUGAAAGGUUCAUUUCAGAAUCAUCUGGCACAGAUUCCCAAGAGAAAACCCUAGCUGAAAAACUCCCAAAACUCAUAGACCUCCCAUCGAAAUGCAUCACACCUGGCACAGUAGUGGAUGUUUAUGUCUCGCAUUGUGACAGCCCGUUAAGUUUCUUUGUGCAACAUGUUAGUGAAGAGGUUGCCCUAAUCUCUCUGGUGGAGAAGUUGAACAGUCCAGAUUCAACAUCAAAAGCAAGCCCUAUCAAAGAUUUGCAACCAGGUGACCUCGUCAAAGCAGAGUUUGCAGAUGAUUUGUCCUGGUACAGAGCGGUUGUGAAAGAAACUCUUGAACAUGCAAGGGCUCUUGUUGAGUUUAUAGACUUUGGAAACACAGCAGCGAUGCCAAUUUCUAAAAUGGAACAACUUCCCAAAUCUCUUCUGCUGUUGCCAGUAUAUAGUACACACUGCAUGCUAAAGGACACUGCUGUUCUUGGAGAAGAGAAGGUGUUUGAACCACAUGUGGUGUCUGCCUUUAAAGAGGACAUCGGCAGUUGUGGAGACAAGGUGCUCAAGUGCCAGUUCAUCAAGCAGGUUGGAUCUGUGUGGGAAGUCACUCUGGAAGAUGGCGGCCUGGAUAUUGGUUGUAAAUUGUCUACAGAAGGGAGUGGUUUUAAACCAGAAAAAGUAGUAAAUGAGCAGCAGGUGCAGCAUUUUGAGAAAAGAAAAGUGGAAGAAGACUCUGAGAAACCAUUGCCGCCCUGCAGUUUUGGCUACCCACACCAAAAAGAGAUUGAAGAGGGGCAGCGGCUAGAGGUCUACGUUGCAACCAUCAAUGAAGAUCAGACAUUUUGGUGUCAGCCUGCCGAUUCACAGGAGCUCUGUAUGAUAACAUCGGCUGUUUCAGAAGUUGAGAGUACAGCAGAUCAAAACAUUAAUCCAGAUGCUCUUUAUCUCGGAAUGCCAUGUGUUGCACUGUUUGCUGACGAUCAACUUUGGUAUCGCGCGGAAGUUGUUGAUAAAAGUGACAAUGAGCUUUCUGUCCUUUUUGUGGACUAUGGAAACAAGUCACAGGCAAACAUCACCAAUGUCAGAGUGGUACCACCUGCCUUACUGGAAGUUCCAGCCCAAGCGUUUCUGUGUGAGCUUGAAGGCUUCGAUGCUUCCCUUGGAUUUUGGAGAGAUGGAGCAGCAGAUGAGUUGUCUGCACUUACAGCAGACAAGUUGCUACAGCUCACCGUUACCAGAGUAACAAGGACAAAAGGAAAACUGAAGUACGUGGUAGAGAUGGAGCGUGAAGGCCAGGUGAUAAACGAAGCAAUGAAUACCUGCUGGAGCUACUUUGGAACAGAAGACAUGCCUGAUUCGGGUGAAUCGGCUACUCCACAGCAGCUUGACUCAAUCAACACUCUACAAGAUCUUCUUCAUAAUGUUUCUAGUUAUUCCACUUGUACAGUGUCUCAGGAUGAGGAACAUAUUGCAGAGGAGCUCAACUUCCUUCCAAUUGAAAACGAGGUCUUAAAGUUAGCCAGUAGUCCAAAGCAGAGUGAGUGUUCCGAAGACUCCAAUAAUGAGACUGUUGUUGAGUUUGGACAGGAUGAGCAGCAGUCCAGUGAAGGGAUAAUCAUGGUCCCUGCUGCCAUGAUGCCUCCUGAAGAUAUUUUCCCCUCUGAUAGUGUCAUAAAGGAACCCUUGCAACUUUCAGCAGACCUUUCAGAUGAAAAAGACAUUUCAUGCUUGAGCGAAAACGUGAUUGUGGUCACUGGCCAAGAUCCCGAGGAGGAAAAUACUUCAGUGCUUCAUGCUGGAAAGCCAAAUGAUGAUGGUUCUUCUCCAAGGGACGGUGCUUCAGGAGAAAAUGGUGAGCUGGAGAGUGGAACUAGCGACAAGGAGACGCUUAGUACUUCCUCCUGUAUCUUGGAGAUGGACACUUUAAAUGCUCCAGCUAUGGCAGCAGAAGAAAGUAAUGUUGCUGCCCUACAGGCUGACUUAAUGACCUUCACAUCAGAAGACACAAUGAAUCUUCAAGAUGAUGUUUUGAAGGAGACGACGGAUACAGAAUUGGAUUCCUCAAAACAGACUGAACUGGCGCUUUCCUCAACUACAAUUCAAGAGCAGUUGUGUGAGCAGGAAACUGAGGCUGGAGAAGGCACCCUACGUGAGGAGGAGACAUGCGUUUCUACAAAUGUGCAGAAUGACUCCGUGAGCGAAGAGGCUGCUUCCGCCCAGCUUGUGGACGCAGAGCCAGCCCUGGUGCAACAAUCUACCACGACCACAAGCGAAGAACAGAACUGCACGUUUUCCCCCACAGAAACAGGUGAGGAUCCUCAUGUCUUGGCCUGCUCUUUGGACAAAACCCAUCCAGCAGAUUCAGAGCAAACCUCUGAUGAAAAGAUAAGUGCAGCAGGUUGCCAGAGCCAUGCCAUAGCAGAGGAAAUCACACUUUCCAUCUCUGUUUCUGAAGGAGAUGUAGAUCAUAUUUGUGACAGAACUGAGCCAGCUGAAGAGUCAGGCGAGGUGCAGGAAGACUCAGCGGAAAGUGUGUCAGGAAUCACGGCGGCAGUAGCAGAUGUUCCUCAGCACGUUGAGGCACCGUGCACUCCCAGCUCUGACAAGGACAACUCGCUGUCGGAAGACGAGACCUUUCCCGUUAAAGCUGAUGGGGCGUUACAAACUGACACAGAUGUGAAGAACGUGGAUGAAGAGUUGACGUGUUUGGUCAGCGAGAGCCGUUUGGCAGACGUCUCUCAAGACUCGGAGCAAGAUCCUGAAACGGAAACGGACUGCAAGUCUGAGGAAUCGGCUCCACCGCUGAACGAGGAGUUUGAUGACAGCGAACUCACAGAGGAAUCUUUGUCUGCUGAGGACAGUUUCGAGGCCCAGCUGUCAAAGAUAACUCACCUCUGUCUGAUCGUAAAGGACGGAGCUGCUGAUUAUUUUCUCGAGCAGCAACCGGAGGAAUAACGGCCUGCCCUUCUUUUGGUUUUACUUUGUGGUCUCAGAUUGAAGUUAAUCAGCUACUUAUGUUCUGCUCUGAAUCAAGCGGGUACAGAUCAGUUAGCUUGUCUUGAUUUCUAUAUAUAUAUUUAUAUAUAUAUAUAUUUGACUCAGCAGGUUCUCCUGUUUUUCAUUGUUCUGAGGGAAAAAAAGUUUAUCUGUAGGAAUUUGUUCGUGUUUUUUUGUGAUGCUAAUUGGAGCACUGUUGCAGGAGAAUUAUUUGUAAAAGUUUCAGUAUUUUUUCUUGAUUCUAAUUUUGUUGCACAUCUAAAAUACUUAAGUAGAUGUUGGUUUGUGGAGUGGAAACAAUUUCUUUAUUUGUUGUGAACACAUGCAUGCUUUGAAAUCUUUAUUUUUUUGUGUGUUGACCCAAUAAAUAUUCCAGGUCAGUAUUGA